UUUCCUCCCGACCUGUAAUCAGUAACGGACCAAAGACACAUAGCUGUAUGGAUGUAUUUCCUCUGUUGUAAUGCAAUAAACGCAAUUCUGUGAACUUUCUGAGUUUUUUUAUAUCCUAAUUGUGCUACAGCAACAAUGAAAUGAAAACACGGGAAGACUCAGUGUAAAAGGGAUUAGAAACACCACAGAUGACACUCUUGAGUGGUUUGUUUUUCUCUUGAUUAUGAAAAGGCAUAAUUUCUGCUCGCCCCACGUCGAUCGUUAAAACCGUGGUCAUCUUUGGAUUUAGCUGAUCAGUACGAGUUGAGCUAAAGAUGAAGACCUUCUCGGCAUCUCACAAAACCGUGUUUGUGGUGGAUCAUUGCCCGUACAUGGCAGAGUCGUGCAGACAGCAGGUGGAGUUUGACAUGCUGAUGAAGAACCGCACCCAGGGCAUCAUCCCCUUGGCCCCUGUCUCGAAGUCCCUGUGGACCUGCGCUGUGGAGUGCUCCCUAGAAUACUGCAGAAUACUCUAUGACAUCUACCCUACUAAGAAGCUGGUUAAUUACAUCGUAAGUGAUUCCGAGUUCCAUAUUCUGAACAGCUGGAAGCAGGAAGACCAGAACAUACAAGAGCUGAUGUCUGCACUGGCAGCUGUGGGGCCACCUAACCCUCGCGAGGACCCAGAGUGCUGUAGCAUCCUCCAUGGAUUAGUGUCUGCAGUGGAAGCCCUGUGUAAGAUCACCGAGUACCAGCAUGAAGCCCGCACAGCCAUGAUGGACAUGGCCGACAGAGUUAGCAACAGGGGCCGGAUUAUCUGCAUUACCAACGCAAAGAGUGACACCCAUGUCCGAAUGCUGGAGGACUGUGUCCAGGAGACCAUACUAGAGCAAAACAAACUGGCAGCGGGCUCAGAUCGGCUGAUGCAGAUUCAGCAGUGUGAGCUGGUCCUGAUUCACACCUACCCCUCGGGAGAUGACACACUGGUUUCAGACCGGCCCAGGAAAGAGAUCUCCCCUUUCUUGACCAGCGAGGUCCAUAGUGUGCGUGCAGGAAGGCAUCUUGCGUCCAAGCUGAACAUUCUCGUUCAGCAGCACUUUGACCUGGCCUCCACCACCAUCACCAACAUCCCCAUGAAGGAAGAACAGCACGCAAACACUUCUGCUAAUUAUGACGUUGAGUUACUUCACCACAAAGAUGCACACAUGGAAUUCAUAAAGAGUGGAGAUCUGCACCCUCCUGGCAGUAACAGCAGAGACAGCAGCCUGAAAGAAACGGUGACGUUGAAGUGGUGCACCCCACGCACUAAUAGUGUUGAGUUGCAUUUUUGCACUGGUGCCUAUCGCAUUUCACCUGUGGAUGUCAACAGCAGGCCAUCUUCUUGCUUGACAAACUUUCUUUUGAACGGUCGGUCAGUGUUGCUGGAACAGCCACGCAAGUCGGGAUCCAAAGUGAUCAGCCACAUGCUCAGCAGCCACGGCGGGGAGAUCUUCCUGCAUGUGCUGAGCAGCACACGCUCCACCCUGGAGGACCCCCCCUCCAUCAGUGAGGGCUGUGGAGGCAGAGUCACCGAUUACAGGAUCACUGACUUUGGCGAGUUUAUGAGGGAGAACCGGUUGACUCCAUUCACGGAUUCCAAACAUCUGGAAGCACCGGAUAAAGUGCCCUUGGAGAGAGCUAAGGAUCAGUUAGAACGGCACACACGGUACUGGCCAAUGAUCAUCUCUCAGACCACUAUCUUCAACAUGCAGGCUGUGGUGCCUUUGGCCAGUUUAAUAGUGAAGGAAAGUCUGACAGAGGAUGACGUGCUGACCUGUCAGAAGACCAUUUACAAUUUGGUCGACAUGGAGAGGAAGAACGACCCCCUUCCCAUCUCGACCGUGGGGACAAGAGGAAAGGGCCCCAAAAGGGACGAGCAGUACCGCAUCAUGUGGAACGAGGUGGAGACGCUGGUGAGGGCCCACAUCGGCAGCACGGACCGACACCAGCGAGUCCUGGACUGCAUCCUGGCCUGCCGCAGCAAACCCCCCGAGGAGGAGGAGCGCAAGAAGAGAGGCAGGAAGAGGGAGGACAAAGAGGACAAAGCCGAGAAGAACGGCAAAGACGCGGAGGCGGAGAAGACGUGGCAAGAAUCGGAGAGGCUGAAGGGGGCAUUGGACCGGGAGAAGGAGGAGUCGAUCGAAGCAGAAGUCAUCAAAGACUCCCCAGACUCACCUGAGCCAUUGAACAAAAAGCCCCGUCUGGCAAUGGAGGAAAUACAGCCAGUGGAAAAAGCUAAAGGUCCUGUCUCGUUAUUUACACUGUGGACCAACAGGAUAAAUGCAGCCAAUUCGAGGAAGCAUCAGGAAUUUGCAGGACGAUUAAGCUCUGUGAACAACAAAGUGGAAUUAUACCAACAUCUCAAAGAGGAAAAUGGGGUGGACACUCAUGAAAAUGGAAAAGCUACCAGAUAAUGAAGACCGUUACAUGAAAGAACAAAGAACGAACUUUCAGUAAUGACCUGCAUACUUGGUGCAGCCUUGUUGUACUUGUACAGGACAUUAUUUUAGUAUGAAACUAUAAGAAAGGGGUGCGGUGGAGUGGGGGUUAGUAGCCUGACAGCUCUCGGGUCCUGGCUUGGCUUCCCCGCCGAGACCCUUCUGUGUGGAGUUUGCAUGGUUUCCCUGUGUUCACUGGGGGUUUUCUCCAACAUUUAAAUUUGGUUACUUCCCACCUCCCAAAGACAUACUGGUUAAGUUAAUUGGUGACUCUAAAUUGUCACUGUGAGUGCUGUCCCCUCUGGAGAGUAGACCUGUGCUUUGAGGACAGGCUCGGGGUUGCCAUUACUUUUACCAGGAGGAAGCAGCUGUCUGGAGAUGGGUGGAUAACAAGCUGGUUAACACAGAUUGACUGCAUCCUGCCCAGCUCCAGCUUUUUAUUGUUGACAUACUGUGUACAAAUCCAGUGUACCAAUUACAUGAAACAGCCUUUUGUUUAUGUCCUGAAAGACCAUUUUCAUGUCUUUCAUUUUACAGAAGUGUGUUUAUAAGGUUGCUUGCAGAUUUUGUGACAAAAAAUAAAGUCAGUGGCUCAUAGUCUCCUCAA